AACGAGUCGUGUUGAGGUAUGUGUUCACCCAUACCGGUUUGAGAAGCGGUACCCCUGCAACAUGCAUUCGGACUAAAGGGAUUAUGCGUCAGUACAUAUUUGGAAUUGUCUCUAUAGUGGUCGUAACGCACUCGGCAUUUGGAGCAACAUGUCCUGCUGGAUUCUACGGACCCGACUGUACCCGUUCUUGUCCUCCUCACUGUGCAGAAGGGAGGUGUGACCUCCUGUCUAGUGGUCGGAGUGUCAACUGCACUCAGGGCUGCCAGGACGGGUACAGAGGCUUGACGUGUAACACGCGUUGUAAGCGACCCUGUUUGACAUGUGACCGUUAUACCGGGGAUUGUACUGGGCCCUGCAGGAACGGCUUCUACGGUUCCAGAUGUUUACAGAGGUGUUUGCACUUAUGUCACCGUUGCGACAAAGGGUCUGGUAGAUGUCUAGAUCCUUGUGAAAAUGGAUUCUAUGGUUCUAACUGUUCACAAAGGUGUUCUCAGUCCUGCCAUCAAUGUGGCAAAGAGUCUGGAAAGUGUAUGGGUCAUUGUGACGACGGCUUCUAUGGUGCCAACUGCACCAAAACCUGCCCAGCCGGAUGCCAGCGAUGUGAUGCAAAUACUGGAGACUGUGUGGUGAUAAACAUCACAACUGAAUUACAAGUCAGACAAACAACAACUUACGCCAGCAAUCCUGACGAGACAAGCUUCACUGAGGACGAGGACGCCGUGACCGUGUUCCCACAAUUUCACCACAAACCAAACAUCACUACAUUCAACCCGUACAUCAUGGCAAUUGUCACCGUUGUUGCUUUUGCUGGUCUCCUCGUAUUGAUAACGAUUCCGUUCCUCAUCUGCACUUGUUCUAGGCAUCGACCAGGAUCACAAGCUAGACCCGUGAAAGAUGUUCGCAUUCCUCGCGGGGAGGACAACGCUGACCAUGUCUAUGAUGAAGUAGGUCCUCCAUCAGUAGAGCCAAACACUUCUGCACGUCCAGACAUUGAAACCGGAUACCUCACUGCCAUACAGCAAAACACUGAGAAUAGAUACGCCACCCCCACUCAGCCAAACACUGAGACCAGGUACCUCACAUCUACUCAGCCAAACAUUGAGACCAGGUAUCUCACCCCUACUCAGCCAAACAUUCAGACCGGGUACCUCACCCCUACUCAGCCAAACAUUGAGACCAGGUAUCUCACCCCUACUCAGCCAAACAUUGAGACCAGGUACCUCACCCCUACUCAGCCAAACAUUGAGACCAGAUAUCUCACCCCUACACAGCCAAACAUUGAGACUGGCCACCUUACUGACUACGAAGCUGGAUAUGCCAGUGCUUCACAUCCAGACAGUUCGACAAGCUGCUAGACGCCUGCUAAAAUGACAUCUGCUGCUUCGAGCCAGACAGUCAUAUGAGCUAACAUACUGCUUUAUGGCUAACCAGUGAGGAUAGCUAGCUUACAGCUUUGUAAGCCACACAAUGACACUAGACAUCUGCCGCUUCAGUCAUCGUGUCAGUAACGAACACACAUGGGAUGUUUCCGUAGCUCUUCAAGUCCCCAUACACCAUACCCUUAGCGAUUCCUUGACAGGAUAGGUCAACAAUAUGCUCCACACUUGUAAGCGCCACACAAUGAGGAAGUCGAACAAUUACAAUACAUAAUCUACUUAUCGUGGGUCAUCAUGUUAGAUCAUGAAAGCAAAACAGAAACCUCUUUUGUUCAUAAUUCUCUGAAUUUUGUUUAAUGAAAUAUACAUGUAAGUUAUGAAUGGAUAUCUAUUUAAAACACACGUUUAACCAA